ACACUAGAGUCUACUCCCGCAAGUAAAACUAAACUCCCCAAAGUCCCCAUCAUUUCCAAGCUCAAACCCACUUUCCAGAAAUUUUUUUCACCAUUACUUUAAACAAACCUUUUUAUUCUUGUUUGUAUGUAUUUCUUGUUCCAUGUCUCACUCAUUGAAGUAUUUAUAAAGCAGGAUCAGCAAAUAUGAGUAUAGCAGAAAGCAGAGGAUGAGUAUGGCAGCAAUCACAUUCACAAAUAUUCUCAUUUUCUCGUUUUUCUUUCUUUCACCUUCUGUUUACGCCACCGACAUUCGCUAUUGCGGUAAGGAAGCCGAUUAUGAAGUGAAGAUAUACAGGGUUGACAUAUCACCAAAUCCAGUCACAAGAGGCAGGCCAGCUACCUUCAGCCUUUCUGCUUUUACUGAAAAAGCUAUUCGUGGUGGAAAAUUGGACAUUGAUGUUUCAUACUUUGGAUGGCAUGUGUAUAGUGAUACUCAUGAUUUAUGCACUGAGAUUUCAUGCCCAGUUCCACCCGGUGAUUUUGUCAUUUCACAUUCCCAGCUUUGGCCGGUAUUUACUCCUCCGGGUUCGUACUCUCUAAAACUAAAGAUCGUGGAUGCUAAUAGGCGUCAACUUUCUUGCAUUACCUUUGGUAUUACCAUCACAUUUCGAUCAUUUGUAGGAACUUUUUAAUGGCAGCUUACUUAUACAAGACUCUUCUCACUUUCUGCUGUAAAAAUGAAACAAAAUGAUACGAAACAGAACCAAGUGAUGCUAGAAUCACUUAGAUUGUCAACUAUAUAUGUAUUGUUAUUUUGUUGAUAAUGGUACAUGUUUUUAGGCUAUAAGCUUUAUAUGACUAUUGUUAUAGAAAUUUGUACAAUACACUAA